CUUGUUGACGUCGUUUAGUAGAAGUGUCAUUUUUGUCUGCUCUCGUUUUCAUCUUUUGUGUAUAAAAUUGGUGCUAACGUAGGUAAACUAUAUUCGAAUAAGCGUUUUUAUGUCGCAAGAAAGUGUUUUGUAUAUUAGUGAUACGUGAUCUCGUAGAGGGAGUCCAGAAAUUCAUAAUUUAUAGUUAAGUAAAAAAUGGCGGCAAACAGAACUGGACCUGCUCAGAGACCAAAUGGCGCUACCCAAGGAAAGAUAUGCCAGUUCAAACUUGUCCUACUAGGCGAAAGUGCCGUCGGUAAGUCGAGUUUGGUACUGAGGUUUGUCAAAGGACAGUUCCAUGAAUACCAGGAGAGUACCAUAGGAGCAGCUUUCCUUACACAAACCAUAUGCCUCGACGAUACAACCGUUAAAUUUGAAAUUUGGGACACAGCGGGUCAAGAAAGGUACCACAGUUUAGCUCCUAUGUACUAUAGGGGCGCACAGGCAGCUAUAGUCGUCUACGACAUAACCAAUCAAGACACAUUCGGCAGGGCGAAAACGUGGGUUAAGGAACUUCAAAGGCAGGCGAGUCCGACGAUCGUGAUAGCUUUGGCCGGCAACAAGCAGGAUUUGGCUAAUAAACGUAUGGUAGAAUACGAAGAGGCGCAAACGUAUGCUGACGAAAAUGGCUUACUUUUUAUGGAAACUUCCGCAAAGACGGCAAUGAACGUCAACGAUAUAUUUUUAGCAAUAGCUAAGAAACUGCCCAAGAAUGAACAAACAACAGGUCAAGGAGGCAGUGCCCAAGGUAGGCGGCUAGCAGAAGGCGAUUCGGGGGCCAAGGCACCUGGAAACUGUUGCAAGUGAUGGUAUACGCCUGCAGGUCGAGUGUUGUUAUUAAACCGUCACGAGAAAGGACUGGCAAGUGCAGCGGCACUCUAGUGAUAUCUAUGUGUAAUAAAGGUCCUUCUAUU